AGUAUUGACACAUUCAUUGCCUCACUCAACCAAAGACUCAAACAAACCUACUUUUCUAUAUCUCUUUGCAUUAAGUAGAAGUUUCAUUCCCUUUCCUUUCCUUUCCCCAAACGAUCAAUCCAGAAAUUAAUUGAAGACAAAAGGAGGAUGUUGAAUGGCAUGGUCUGGAUGGACGGCUCCAAAGGCCGAGACGACGAUGACCAGGCGUCGUCUUGGCCCGUGCCUGAUCCGCCACAAAACAACAACGACGACAACAACAACAAUAACAAUAACAACGGGGACAUGAGCUUGGCGAAUAAUAAUACUAAUGAAGAGAUGGAAAUGUCGAGCUUCAAAUCGAUGCUGGAAGCCGAGAACGAAGAGUGGUACAUCGCCAACGGCUCAUUCUCACCGAGCUUCAACAACCCCAUGGCUGUGGAUUCGUCGGCGUCAUGCUCUCCAACAUCAGCCUCCGUUUUCAGCCACCAACUCAACUACUUUCCACAGCCGAAGCCAUUGUUGAUCCAAAACAACAACUUGGAGAGUGGAUAUCCGGAGACCGCAUUGAAUAAUAAUAGUACUAUUCAUCACCGGAUUCCUAACUGCGCCGACGCCAUGCUGGAGGGUAAUUUGUUGCUCUUCAACAACAGAUCCAAGGUUUUAAAGCCGCUCGGAUCAUCGAUGGGGUCUCAGCCGACGCUGUUCCAGAAGAGGGCUGCUCUUAGGAAGAAUCUUGGGAGUAAUUUGGGGUGUUUGAGCUUAGAUAGAAAUAUCAACAAUAAUCAGAUAUUACUAUCUAAUCAUGAGAGGAAAUUAGGAAGCAGUGGGGAUGAUUUGAGCAUUGAUGGAUCUAAUUUCAAUUGUGAUUCUGACGAUGAUAACUUGUUAGAGAGUAGUGUUAGGAACAUCGAUGGAAAGGGGAAGAAGAAGGGCCUUCCGGCCAAGAAUUUGAUGGCCGAGCGCCGCCGUCGGAAGAAGCUCAAUGAUAGACUCUACACGCUCAGGUCUGUCGUGCCCAAGAUUAGUAAGAUGGAUAGGGCAUCAAUACUAGGAGAUGCCAUUGAUUACUUGAAGGAGCUCCUGCAGAAGAUCAACGACCUCCACAAUGAACUCGAGGCCAUCCCGGGUGCAUCUACCCCGACCACAAACAUGAGCUUCUACCCAAUGACGCCUACAACGCCUGGGAUUCCUGCCCGCAUCAAGGAAGAGCUCUGCCCGAGUGCCUUUGCAAGCCCAUUGAGCAGCCCCACCGGACAACCGGCUAGGGUUGAGGUGAGACUAAGGGAAGGAAAUGCAGUGAACAUCCACAUGUUUUGUGGGCGUAAACCCGGGAUUCUACUCUCCACUCUGACUGCAAUCGACAAUCUUGGACUCGACAUACAACAAGCUGUCAUCAGUUGCUUCAAUGGCUUUGCACUCGAUAUUUUCCGAGCUGAGGUAUUUUUAUCAUACAGCAUUAGUUACUAUUGUUAG